AUGUCAAUUUUUGAGAGUUUAUUCAGCUUGGAAAUUUUGCGGUAUUUCAAAUUAAUACCUUCCGUGAAUGCAGCUAUUAUAAAGGAAACAGUGCCAUGUAUUCGUUCCGAUGGUACAUUAUCUCAGAAAGUAAUUUGCAAAGAUGACGAAGGGAACAGAGUGAACUGUUCCAGCAGCUGGGAUGAAGACGAUAGUAAACUGACUGGCGAGAUAGCACUAAAAAUGGCCCCUCCCUAUUAUGCUGAUCUCGGCAAGAAGGCCAAUGAUGUAUUUGGCAAGGGCUACCACUUUGGUGUGUUCAAACUUGAUUUGAAGACCAAAAGCGAGGCUGGAGUUGAGUUCACCAGUGGUAUUGUCUCAAAUCAAGAAAGUGGAAAGGUAUUUGGCAGCCUCUCUUCUAAGUAUGCUGUGAAAGACUAUGGUCUCACAUUCACCGAGAAAUGGAACACAGACAAUACACUUGCCACUGAUAUCACAAUCCAGGAUAAAAUUGCCGCUGGCCUCAAGGUUACACUAGAAGGAACCUUCGCACCCCAAACAGGGAGCAAGACAGGCAAACUUAAGAGCUCUUUUGCCAAUGAUACAGUAGCUGUUAACACCAACUUAGACCUGGACUUGGCCGGCCCUAUUGUGGAUGUAGCAGCUGUACUCUCAUAUCAAGGCUGGCUCGCCGGUGCUCACACACAGUUUGAUUCACAAAAGGCCAAGUUUGCCAAGAAUAACUUUGCUCUUGGCUAUCAAAGCAAUGACUUUGCCCUCCACACUAAUGUUGACAAUGGCAAAGAGUUUGGUGGCUCCAUCUACCAGAAGGUGUCUGAUAAGUUGGACUGUGGCAUCAGCAUGAAGUGGACUUCUGGAUCAUCAGACACAUUGUUUGGAGUCGGUGCCAAGUUUGCCCUUGACCAAGACGCCUCCCUCCAUGCCAAGGUCAACAACAAAUCACUCAUUGGUCUUGGAUACCAACAGAAGUUGCGCCCCGGCGUGACGCUGACUCUCUCGGCGGCCAUUGAUGGGCAGAACUUCAACGCUGGAGGCCACAAAGUGGGCGUGGCCCUUGAACUCGAGCCCUAA